AUGAAGUUGACUGCCGAUUUAAUAAAUAACAGCAUCUCACACAUCAACCCAGUGGGAGAUCGCGAACUUAUUCUUCGAGAUUUAAAAAUACCUGCCAUUGAGAACCUUGGCGUCACCAAAGAUUUGAAUGACUCGAUUGACUUUAUAAACAAUGAUUUACGUGUGCUUGGCAACUUUCCUCGCUUAAACCGUCUUCAACAGUUAUUACUCAACAACAACCGUAUUAGUAAAAUCGAGAGUGGAUUAGAGGAGCAUGUGCCCAACUUGCAUACGAUUAUUUUGACCAACAAUGCGCUUUCUGAAUUAGGCGAUUUGGAACCCUUAAUCAGCUGUAAGCAGUUGACGCACCUCAGUGUAUUGGAUAACCCUGUCACCAAGAAACCUCAUUACCGUCUUUUUGUGAUUUAUAAACUGCCUCAAUUACACGUGUUGGAUUUCAACAAGGUGAAAUUGACAGAACGUAAAGAAGCCGAACAAUUGUUCCGUAAAGCAGAUGGUACGGAUAAUGACUUGGCCAAAUCAAUUACCGACCAUAAAACAAAGACAUUUGAGCCGGGAGAAGGGUUAGGAGAGGCUGGACAAAGUCACGGUCUUACACCUGAUGAACAAAUCAAGAUCAAGGUUUGUGAUGAUUAUAUAUUUAGUGUGACAUUUUUUUUUUAUUAA